AUGACAGAACUACCAUCAAAACUCACCCUCCUCUCGGACCUCACCCCUCCAUCCCUAGAGCGCACAUGGCUCACAGCCCCCCACCCCACCCUCCCCAUCGUCGCAACCUGCAGCUCAGACAAGACAGUGCGCAUAUACUCGCUCACAAACUUCAACCUCCUGUCAACAAUCACAGGCGGCCAUAAGCGCAGCGUCCGCACAGCAGCCUGGAAACCACACGUAAAAGGCGAAAGCGUCCUCGCAACCGGCAGCUUCGACGCAACCGUCGGCGUCUGGCGACGAUGGGAUAGCUACGGCAACGACGCCGCCGGCCCCAGCCCCAAUUCCAACCCCGAUCCCGAUGCAGAAAUCCUCGGAGAAGACGAAGACGAAGAGUGGCGCUUCGCCGUCCUCCUCGACGGCCACGAUAGCGAGGUCAAGUCCGUUUCCUGGUCGCCGUCCGGCAUGUUACUGGCCACCUGUGCGCGCGACAAGUCCAUCUGGAUCUGGGAGGACCUCGACGACGGCGAUAAUAACUUCGAGACUGUCGCCGUCAUGCAGGAGCAUACAGGCGAUGUCAAGUGCGUGGCUUGGCAUCCUGCUGAGGAGUGUCUGGCUAGUGCCGGCUACGACGAUACGAUCCGGCUGUGGCGCGAGGAUCUGGAUGAUUGGGGCCAGGUUGCUUGUAUCAAGGGCCAUGCGGGCACGGUGUGGUAUUUGGAUUGGGAGGGUGAGGAGUCGGGCCCGGCCGUGGAUGGGGAUGGGGAUGGGGAUGUGCUGGGCGCUUGGAGGGCGCAGCGCGCGGUUUCGGGGCCGCGGCUUGUUUCUUGCUCGGAUGAUCGGGCGGUUAAGGUUUGGGCGAGGUUAGGAAGGGAGAGUGUCGAGCAUGGGGCUUUGUCGUCGGCUGCGACGGGUAUUCCGAGUAUUAUUCGGCCUGUUGGGUCGGAUGAGGAGUGGGUUGAGGAUGCGGUUUUGCCGUCGGUGCAUGCGUUGGCGGUUUAUGCUGUUGCUUGGAGUAAGAGGAGUGGGCUUGUUGCUUCUGUUGGGGCUGAUGGGGCGAUUGUGCUUUAUGAGGAGCGGAUUGUUAAGGUUGCGGGGGAUGGGGAUGGGGAUGUGGAUGUGGGGGGUCAGGAUAAGUUGAGGACUGAGUGGUCUGUUAUUGCGGUUGUGAAUGGUGCGCAUGGUAUCUAUGAGAUUAAUCAUGUUGCUUGGGCUAAGCGGGCUGAUCGUGGGGCUGUGGAGGAGGAAGAGGUCCUGGUUACUACUGCUGAUGAUGGUAGUGUUAAGGUAUGGGCUUUGCAGCGGUGA